UUCGCCAGUUUCCGUGCUCGUGCGCAAGUCAAAUCGCUCGAUUCGACCGCCCAAUCUGUGUCCAGAUCGCCAUGGAGACCCAAGCCACCGCCGCCGCGUACGACCCAGCCCAAAUGGCGCUGUACCAACAGCAGCAACAGCAAUAUCUUCAAAUGAUGCAACAACAACCCAACAGCGACCAAGUGCGAGCGAUGUAUGGCAACGGCAUGAUGAUCAUGCCACCGUAUAUGAUGCAUUCGCAAGCCAUGUUUUCCCGCAUGCCGCUCCCGGGUGGCGGUGAAAUGGUCGAAGAAGAACCGGUUUACGUCAAUGCCAAGCAAUACCAUCGCAUUAUGGUUCGAAGACAGCAACGGGCAAAACUCGAAGCCAAACUGGGCAACGCGCGUCAACGCAAGGCGUUUUUGCACGCGUCGCGACACAAGCACGCGAUGCGACGGCCCCGCGGCCCUGGGGGUCGAUUCUUGACCAAGGAAGAAAUCGCUGCGCUCGACCGCGAAGAAGCGAUGGCCGCCGCUGCGCACACGGGAAGCGACAAGGAAAAGAUUGUGUAGGCGGCAAGUGGGUAGAUGAUGAUGUAUUAGGUAGCACGAGUCGUGGCAAGCUCCACCAUCCAUGGUGUGCCCGCGACUCCUCCGCGUAUGUGGUUAGGUAAUAGGACAAACAAGAAACAAUGUACAAGGCUCUGGACACACCAUCGUUACAAGCGCGAAACUUGCGCCGACAAGUCGUGCCGCGCUCGUAGCGACGGCACCAAGUCGAGCAACGUGACCAUGUCCUUGUACCGGACGAACAAGACAU